CAUCCCCCCUCCCAGGGUCCGUCGGAAGGAGGAGUUUAACCCCACAUUGUCUGGGAGGAGUCCGCACUCUCUUGGCGCUCCGUCCCAGGAACGAUUGGUCUGGAAUCAGAGGAAUCGUUCAAGUACGCUUCAUGAAAUUUCGAUUUGUAUGUUUUCUGGUGAAUGCGACAACGUUAUACUUAGCGGUCGCGAAGAGGGAAGCACGUGAAAACUGCGAGAAGUAUGUUUUAUCAGACGAGACCGAUGAGCCAGACAACAACGGGAUGAGUUUAUUUUCAGCAAUGAGGCGGAGGGAACCUUGCACAUAAGAGCUCCAAUUGGAGAAGAGACUUUCAGACAGGCAGCAAUGGGAAAUUCAGAGAGCCAAUAUAGCAUCCAGGGCCCCAAAGGCACCAGCUUUGUCUUCCCUGGGAAACCAAAGCCAUACUCACUGAAGCUACGCGCAGCCAAAGAUGACGUUUUGUCACCCCAUACCUGGUGGAAAAGUGCCCCGGUAGGCUCAGGGUACAAGGCCAGGUGUGUUGGCCGUGGCUGUCUGUCCCCUCCUAAAAGCCGGCCGCCUUACUCCCCUAGGCACUGUGACUACGUCUCAAAGGGGACGAGGGGCAGCCCAAGUGAGCAUCGCUGGCGUCGAUCGCCUGGAUGUGGUAUACAAAGGCGGCAUAUGUCAGAUGAGUACGAAGAUAAUCCAUAUGGGGCUGAUCUUAACAGGAGCCCCCUGAAUGGAAACAGUGUUGAGCAUGAGGCUUUAGAGGAACAGAGCAGCCCACGGGUGGUGAUCAAGAAGGAUGGCAGUCUCAGGGUGGAGUUCACCAACACCUCAGGCAAUCCCCUCCUUCUGGACGAGGCUUCUGGCCCAGUACAACUCCUCAAGUUCUCUCCCAACCUUGAGUCUGCCUCCACUCCCAGUCUUCCUGGUUCAAGUGGUAGUAGGCAGGACAGCCACCGCAGCGGUCCACCGCCGGCUUCUACCUCCUCUACGGCAAGGACCAGCAAGGGAAGCUCACUGAGCUCAGAUGGCUCCUGGUAUGACUCUCCCUGGGGCCCCAGCACAGAGCUGUGUGAGCCGGACCAACCUUGCGCUGCCAGCAAGACGCUAGUCCACUCCCCCAGCCACCAGCUUGACUCCUUCACUGAACAGUCUCCCCCUGUGUCCAUCACAGACCUCUACAAGGACUCUACAAUGGCUGCCACCUUUCCCACAACCAGGGACCUGUCCUCACUCUUAGAACAGCCUCCACCAGGCCAGAGGGCUCACAGAGCCUCUUUUGCAUCUGUCCUGGAUGUGCCACUGAAGGAAGAAUCUCCUGAGGCCUGCCAGUACUCCUCAUACACCCUGCCCUGUCGCAGGCCCAAAGCUCACACCAUGAGCGAGGAUCUGGACCAGUAUCCUAACCAGGAGCAGGCUGGACCUGAUUUUGGCUUCCAAAAGAAAGACUCCAUCAAAAACCGCAUCAGGCGCUUCAGUGACUGGACAGGAAGCCUGAGCCGCAAAAAAAGGAAGUCUCAGGGUUCAUUCAGGAAUCUUAUCAACCUGGAGACCAGGUACAAGGACCUGAGUGAGGCCUUUGAUAGUGGGGUUGAUGGCCUGACUGCAGACACCAGCUCCCCAUCUCAAGUCUCAAGCGUCCUCUGGUUCCCCCGAGCCUCCAGGGCCCAAUCAUCAGGAGCCAUUCACCAAACGACCAGUGACGCCCUCCGCCAGAAUAUCUAUGAAAACUUCAUGAGGGAGCUGGAGACUGGCACUGGACAGGUAGGAGGGGGAGGUGUUGAGAGGAGAGACCCAUCCACGGGCACUGAAGAGGGGGAGAGCAGCAGCGAGUCGGCCGAGGGCUCCCUGGAGCAGCUGGAUCUGCUGUUUGAAAAGGAGCAGGGGGUGGUCAGGCGAGCCGGCUGGCUUUCUUUCAAACCCCUCAUCACUCUGCACAAGGACAGGAAGCUGGAGCUGGUGACUCGCCGCAAGUGGAAGCAGUACUGGGUGACCCUGAAAGGAUGUACCUUGCUGUUCUACGAGACUUAUGGCAAAGGCUCUCCGGAGCAGGAGCUGUCACCUCGCUAUGCUCUCCUGGCCGAGGACAGCAUUGUCCAGGCUGUCCCUGAGCACCCAAAAAAGGAGAAUGUCUUCUGCCUCAGCAACUCGUAUGGAGACGUCUACCUCUUCCAGGCCAGCAACCAGACUGACCUAGAGAACUGGGUGACAGCCAUCCAUUCUGCCAGUGCUUCACUGCUGGCCAAGCGCCAGGGGAAGGAGGAUACGGUGCGCCUGCUGCGGAGCCAAGUCCGUGGCCUCUUGCAGAAGAUCGACAUGGACGGCAAGAUGAAGAAGAUGGCCGAGCUCCAACUGACGGUGGUCAGCGACCCCAAGAACCGCAAGGCAAUUGAGAACCAGAUCCAGCAGUGGGAGCAGAACCUGGAGAGGUUUAACAUGGAUCUGUUUAGGAUGCGCUGCUACCUGGCCAGUCUACAGGGUGGAGAGCUACCCAACCCAAAGAGUCUGCUGGCUAUCGCCAGCCGUCCCACCAAAAGCACCCUGGGGCGUCUGGGAAUCUUCUCUGUCUCCUCCUUCCAUAGUCUGAUCUGUUCCAGAGAUGAGGCCACACUCAGAAGGCGCUCAUUGUCCCUAAAUCACAGACAGCGCAAGAGAGGCCUUUUCUCCUCGCUUAAAGGUCUCAACAAUCUUACGAAGAGGGGCCGAGACAAGAGGCCCUCUGCAUCGCAGGUCUUUGAGAGCGACGCUGGAGGUCAAACAUACGCCUACCCUUCUAGGAGCACUGAGAAGCUGGAAAUGCUAACCAGCAUCUACUCCAUGUCGCCCCCUGAUGGCGGUGUGUGGGACAGCGUGGAGGUUCAAUAUAUGGCUCCUGAUGAGCUCCUCCGUAAUGUGGUCAAUGAUCAGUUGGAGGUUGUCCCAUUUAGUGUGUUUACUCUCCACAUGAGCAAGCCGAGCGGCACCGGAGACUUUGGUUUUGCAGUAACAGGACACAUUGACAGCCAGAAAAACAGCAGGAUUUAUGUCAGCGAAGUGCUUCCUGAUGACCUUGCAUUCAACAAAGGCCUGCGUCCAGGAGAUGAGGUCCUGGGGCUGAACGGCCGGUGUGUGUCAGGCCUGGACCUAGCGCUAAUCCAGACUCUGUUUGCUGAACAAACCCUGCACCUGACCCUGAGGCGGGAUGGACCCCUGCCGCUAACCUCCAACAACUGCCAUCCUCUCGCGCACAACCAGCAGGUUCCCAGCAAGCACCAUCGAGCCAAGUCCUCCUCAGAUGUGUUCUCUGCAGCUGACGGUGUAGGACUGGAGAACGGUCACUCCCACUGUGCACACAGGCCUGUUCAGCACAGCAAGAGCGUGGACACAGUGUGUACUCUCUACCAGUCCUUCCAGGAAGGGAUGAGCUCAGGCCCUGGGGGUUUGAUGGACAGCACCAAAGAACCUCCAGUGAGGCAGGAAGGGGAGUUAUGCUCGGGUCCCACGCGAGAGGCCCCCCUGCUCAGACCUUGCCCAAAGCAUAUGAGUGCCACUGAGAGGCUAUGCAAGGUCAUCCAGGAGCUGGUGGACACAGAAAAGUCCUAUGUCAAGGACUUGGCCUGUUUGUUCGAGAUCUACCUGAAACCCCUGCAGAAUGAAACCUUCCUCACAUUGGACGAGAUGGACAGUCUGUUCGGCAGCCUGCCAGAGAUGUUGGACUUCCAGAGGGUCUUUCUACAGACCCUGGAGGAGAGGAUUGCCUCCUCGCCUGACUUCAGCACUCUUGAGACCCCCUCACAGUUCAAGAAGCUGCUGUUUUCUCUUGGGGGUUCGUUCCUCUACUACGCUGAUCACUUCAAGCUCUACAGCGGCUUCUGUGCCAACCACAUCAAGGUCCAGAAGGUCCUGGAGAGAGCUAAGACGGAUCAGGCCUUCAAGGAAUUCCUGGAUGCGAGGAACCCCACCAAGCAGCACUCCUCCACCCUGGAGUCCUACCUGAUUAAACCAGUGCAGAGGGUUCUCAAGUAUCCCCUGCUGCUUAGGGAGCUGGUGUCCCUUACUAACGCUGAUAGUGAGGAGCACUACCACCUCACCGAGGCUCUGAAAGCCAUGGAGAAGGUGGCCAGCCACAUAAAUGAGAUGCAGAAGAUCUAUGAGGAUUACGGCUCUGUUUUUGAUCAGCUAGUUUCUGAGCAGAGUGGCCACGAUAAAGAGGUCACAGAGAUUUCUAUGGGAGAGUUUCUCAUGCAUUCCUCAGUGGUUUGGCUCAACCCGCAUACAUCUUUGGGUCGCAUGAGGAAAAACCCCGACAUGACCGUGUUUGUGUUCAAGAAAGCGGUGAUAUUGGUCUUCAGGGAAAACAACAAGCUGAAGAAGAAGAUGACCAACUCUCGUUCAGCACUUUCUCAUGGAGAUUCGGACCUCUUUAAGUUCCGUUGGCUCAUUCCACUCUCUGCGCUGCAGGUCAGACUGGGAAAUACUGCAGGAACAGGCACAGAAAGCAGCUGUAUCUGGGAGCUGAUUCACUCCAGGUCUGAAGUGGAAGGGAGACCGGAGACUGUCUUCCAGCUGUGUAGCAGUGUGCCAGAGAACAAGGUCAACAUCAUCAAGGUGAUCCGCUCCAUCCUCAGGGAGAACGUGAAGCGGAACAUGAGGAGCGAUGGCACGUUGGAGAGGGGCUGUAAGGAGCGCCUGGUCCCCCUGCGCAGCACCUUGCCCUCCUCCGCCAGAAUAGGUUCCACCAGGACUUCCUGGUUGUGUAAGCAGCCACCUGGAGAUCUCGCCGCUCAGGCUGGAAAUCCCAAGCUGGGGCCAGACUCAGAUGAGGGGAGCCUGAGCAGUGGAACCUACAGUUUAUCAGGGGCUCCCCCCCCUUGCACCUCCUCUGAGAUGCACAGCCUCCCUGUCCAGCAGAACUGGCCUCAGACACCUGGAUCCAGCUCGCAAACCCACUCCACCUCUGCUGUGAAAGAGUCUGAUAUUUUAAGUGAUGAUGAUGACGGCUUUAGCGAGGCGGGGACCAGGAGGGGCAGUGGAGGCAGCAGUUCCCCAACUAGCGCCAUUGAGGCUCAGUUCCUCCACCUUAAACUCUCAGAGAACGCUGCACCAGCUCCCUGUGUUCAACCUGAGGGAGUGGGGGACACUCCAGAAACCCAACCCAAACUGAUGCGAGGACGCUGUAAUGCUGUUAAGAGGAAAGCCAGCAGUUUGAAGAGAAGCCAAGGUGCACUGUUAAACAUGAAGGCAUACAGCAUGUCCCUGGACAGCCAGACUGAUGCAGCAUCGUCGUCAGGGGUCAUGGACAUCAACACAUUGUUGGAGAGAGAGUUCAGCGUCCAAAGUCUGGCUUCUGUAGUGAAUGAAGACUGUUUCUAUGACUCCAUUGAUAUCUGUGCCACUGAAUCUGGAAACGCCACCACCUCAUAGGGGACUGGAUGGGCAGAGCGAAUCUUGACUGUAACAGGGCCUCAGGGCAAUGGUCAUAAAGGCGAGAGACUGACCAAAGUCCCUGUGGCUCACUGCUGGCUCUACUAGUGAAGCUGUGCCUAAACUCAAGUCGCUUUUGUAAGCCACAAACCUUCCAACUAAAAGUUAGGUGCAAAGUAUCCGUUCUGAUAGGAGACUUGGCUGACAGACCCAGUUUCUCCCCCUACAGAAGUGAUGUCUGUCCCAAUGAUGAUACCUGCCAUUUCCUCAGCUCUCUGGGCUUUUCCCAACAACCCUGAGUGAUGUAUUCCAUCCUAGU